AUCCGUGAAGAACAGGCGUGUAUGUGAACGUGCCAUGGUGCCAGGGUUGGAAAGAUGGCGGCUUCUGCGUUCCGCCGAGGUUUGCUGAGUACUGUCACUUCGUACAACAGGAAACACUCACACAGAAUACUGAGUAUCGCAGACACCAGCCACAGCUUUCAGGCGCACAGACAGCGGCUACAAUGCCGGGCCUGCGGCUUGACCGGCGGUGUUCAGCUGAUGAGAUUCAUGUCGUCACGGAACAGGCCUGAAGGGAAGAUUUUGGAAACAGUAGGAAUGUUUGAGGCUGUGAAGCAACACGGAAAAUAUGAAACGGGACAACUCUUUCUCCACAGUGUGUUUGGCUACAGAGGCAUCGUCCUGUUUCCCUGGCAUGCCCGACUCUACGACCGAGACAUCACUCCUCCCAUGUCUGACAGCAAACCUGAUCCCUCAGGAGCCCACGGUUCCAAGGAGGUGAAGGGAAAGACUCACACUUACUACCAGGUCCUGAUUGAUACCAGGGACUGCCCACACAUAUCUCAGAGGUCUCAGACAGAAGCGGUAACAUUUCUGGCCAACCAUGACGACAGCAGAGCCCUGUACGCCAUCCCAGGUCUGGACUAUGUGAGCCAUGAAGACAUCCUGCCCUAUAACUCCACAGAGCAGGUCCCCAUCCAGCAUGAGCUGUUUGAGCGCUUCCUCACGCACAACCCUGCCAAAUCUCCUCCAUUCGCAGCCAGAGACACUCUGAAGGCAUGGCAGGAGAAAAACCACCCAUGGUUGGAGCUCUCAGAUGUUCACAGAGAGACCACUGAGAACAUCAGAGUCACCGUCAUCCCCUUCUACAUGGGCAUGAGGGAGGCGCAGAAUUCCCACGUUUACUGGUGGAGAUACUGCAUCCGUCUGGAGAACAUGGGCAGCGAGGUGGUUCAGCUGAGAGAGAGGCACUGGAGGAUCUUCAGCCUGUCAGGAACCCUGGAGACAGUUCGAGGGCGAGGAGUUGUGGGCAGGGAGCCAGUUUUAUCCAAAGAGCAGCCAGCCUUUCAGUACAGCAGCCACGUGUCUCUACAAGCCCCCAGUGGUCAUAUGUGGGGCACGUUUCGUAUUGAGAAGACUGAUGGUUCCCACUUUGACGUUCGCAUUCCUCCUUUCUCCUUGGAGAGCAACAAGGACGACAAAGCGCCCCCUGCUGGCUACACGUUCUAACAGCGAGUACACGACCAAUGAGGACCAGACUUGCUUUUAGUUCUGAACACACCUGGGUGGUCUUCACUUGCUCUCCCUCUACAACAUUGCCUCAGUCUUCAGUGCAAGGCUAGCGUUAGUCAGGGUGUGCAAAGGGAACACAUAGCAUUUUCUAGCUCAUCCAAUGCAGGCCCACUUUGCCCUUUGUCUUUUACCGACUGUGUGCACCCAACAUCAGUUUGUUAUUGAUGAAUAAUUACAGUGACAGUGGCAGUUGGCCGUAUCAUAAUUUAUAAGGAGGAAUCCUACUGUCAAACAACACAUUCAUUGAUUUUUAUUUUUUUUAAGUGUCCAUGAACUUGCGAACACAUUCUGCUUUAUCUGCAUUAUUUUAUGAUGCACAGGCAGAGAAACCUCAACAAAUGCCCACUGUGUAUCAGUGCGUGAGCAAACUGGAGUAACCAAUAAUCAACCCACUGUAACAGAUGGAAUCCUCUUGUCCUUUGUCGAUGUAUCCUCUUCUGUGGGAAACAUUUGAACCACACAAAUACAUUAACUUUACACACGUUACACUUAAUCCUUUCAUUGUCUUUUUUCCUCUCCCAAUUUUCAAGCAUAACACUGUCCUGUUGCACCUGUCCACCUCUGUGGGGACACUUGUGUGAGGGAAAUCUGAAAUCUUGUGUCACAGCACCGAAGCACAGCAGACAAGUAGAAGUAGAAGCUGGUCGACAAUUAUAAACCAAUAAAAACGAAUGUGAAUUCAGAGCUCCUCAAAGUACAAAAAGCUAUAACUUUUUCAUUAUUAUUUCAUAUUUGAAGUGUCAGUAUUUGUCAGUGACACCUUUGGCAGUAGUUACAGCCUGAACUCUGUGUGUGAGAUGCAUGAGUUGAAACUUGUUGCUGAACUCGAGAUAACUCAAGUGAAAUACAGAAUGUCCAUUUCAAACACCAGCUGGGGUUAACCCGCGUCUCUGCUGCAUCUGCAUUAGAGAUGGGCAUGGUUAUUCUCUUACUCAAUUGAUUAUAAAAUGUUAAUCAGUUAAUAUGGCUAUUGGUGAGCAUAUUAAAACGAUAUGUUACUAAGUGACUGAUUCAUCAGUCUCUUUAUUUUAGGUGAUUGUUUUGAAAGUUAAUUUAAGUCCUGUUUUCUUGAUCUGAGCUUCUAAUUGCAUCCAGUCAGUCAGUGAUUUAAAAGAUAACAAAAAAAUGAAGGAAGGCUGAAUACUUCAAGGCCAUAAAGUGUGUUCCUCUUCUUCAGGUAAAGAGGUGAGAGUUGGGUGUCCGUUGGUUGUGAAAAGCAAAUGCUGCAUAAUUAAUGAAAGCAGUUGGCAGCCAGUGCCGCUGCUCCAUCUUCCAUCCCUGCUGCCUGUUCUUUGUUACACUGCAGGGUGAAAGGUUUUCUCUUUGCUUACAUAAGCUUGAGGCCGACUUAUUUUCUCCAAAGGUAUAAGCCUUAAUAUUCUCACUGCUACAGAGACAAAAGAAGUGUUCUGAUAAGUGAUGUAAAGCAUAAAAAGAUGGUUGAAAAACAACUGUAAAUAGAGAUGUAAUUAAAGGCUAAACCAAUAAAACUUCCUUUUGAAAAAUA